CUUGUCUUACGCGGAAAAAUACCCGCACUCAAUUUGUGCCGUGUUUUCCGUGAUAAUCAACCCCAAAAGUGACCACAUUGAUCAUCCGAACGAUCAGGAACAUCGAAUCUAGUGAAAAUGAGUGAAGCAACCCCGGAUGAUAUGUGGACUCCGUUCAAGCACCUUUUCAACAGCAUCGAAUCGUUCCUGGCGGUUUCCGGCGGCGGCCAGCAGCAGGAGCAAAACGUAGCCAGUCUCGAUGCGCUGCUUCGAAAGCACAAGCAAAAUUUCACCACCCUGUUGAGAAAUCCGCCGAAGAAUGUUAAAAGCCGGGAAGCAAUCCGCCAGGGAAUAACGGAGGGCAUUACGCUGCCGGAGUUUGGACAUACGAUCCUGUCGAAAGAUCUGGUCGACGAGAGCGUGAUCAUUUCGGAUAUGUACGAUUUGAAUGAGUACAUUGCGCUGGAAUUGCUUUGUACGGCGCAGCAGCAGAUGCCGAAUCAUCCGGGACUGCCGCGCGGGUUGGUGGCGGUGUUGUUGUAUUAUGACGGGAGGAAGUCACUUGUCGCUAGUCUGAAGGAGCUGAUGCAAGCGCGAGCUGGUGUCAGCUGGUGUACGGAUGCACCGCACGAAAUAACGCAGCUCAUUACGGCGUACACGGACGGGUUGGUGGCGGAUGGAGUGCUGGAUAAGAUUUUGGACUUGUUGGGUGAGCUGGACGUGACGAAGGAGGUGGAUGUGCUGACGACGAAUAGAGCGCUUGGGCCACCGAAGCACCAUCGGCAAGUGUUAGAUCUUUUUGAGGAGAUUCGACUGCUGCUGGCGACGUGUUUGUUUAAUUGGGCGGCCCAGUGCGGAUUACCCAGAGGGACUACGGUGAAGUUGAUACGGUAUUUGGCCAAGUACAAGUCAACGGUUCCGACCGGAGGGAUAGAUAAUGUGACACUGGCACUGCAGAUGGCGUUGAUGUACGGGCUGGACAUGAGUGUGAUUCAGCGCCGGGAGGAUGGAGAGGAGGUGGUCAAGCGGCUGCCGAUGGUCAAGGAUGGAGAGUUUAUCGAGACGGUCAUGGAGGCGUUGUCUUCGAAUUGGGAGUGCGAAGGAUUGCGGUCCGUAUCGCUGUUUACGUUUGGACUGGCGAUUGCGACGCUUCGGUUGGCUCCGCAGAAUUUAUAUUCGAACACGGCGAAGAUUAUCGAUCAGGACGAACUGCUAGUGGAUGCCGCGAUCCAGGGAAAAGUGUUUGAUUUUAUUCACUAUACGUUGCUGGAGAAUGAGGUGAUUUUCCGGACGGAGUUCUACUACCGGAGGAUGCAUGUCCUGUUUACGGACUUUAUUGAGUUGAUGCACAGCAAAGUGACGGAAUUGCGGGCCCGAGCGGACGAGACGGCUCGAACCGUGCAAGCAUUCCAGCAGCAGGGCUUGGAUCCACCGGCGAAUCUGUGCCGGAAUUUCGAAGCAUUGCUUCUGUCCGUGGGCAAGCUGUAUCAGAACGAUCAUAUGCGACUGAAUCUAUCGUUGGAAUAUUGGGGCCCGAUGGAGGUGGCUGCCAACUAUCAACGGGCUUCUUCGCGCUCAGUUUGCCUAUUCAAGUUCAUCCGAUUGGCAGGAGAACUGCUGCCACCGAUUCUGUUCAUUCCGUAUCUGAAAAUGCUAGCUGGCUUGUCCAGUUGCCCGCAAUCCGCCAGGAAUGCUUUCAAUUUGUUGAAGCAAGGCGGUGGUGCGUCCGGAUCUAUGGCCACCAUUUCUUGGGAUCACUUUUUCAAUUCUCUGUUUCGUUACUACCAGAACCUUCGGCAGGAGCAGAAUCCCGGCAGUGAAACUGUCUACCGGAACCGAGCCCUCAGCAGGAACAUCAGCCCUCAGGAAAUCGCCGGGUUGCAAGCGGUUCUGCAGGUGAUCCGAGCCGUGGCCACUCACGACGACGUCGCCCGGGUCGCCCUGUGCGAACAUCCCAACUGGGCCCCGCUGCACGUUCUUCUAGGUCUCAUCAGCUGUUCGGUCACAAUAUCGUUGAAAGCCGACCUCGUCCAAACCCUUGCCGCCUUGGGCAAGAGCACAGAAACCGCUCUUCAACUGUGGAACAACCUGGAAGCUUCCCAGGUAAUUUCAACUAUCCCAACGACCAGUACCUUCGCCAACCGUGGCAUCGAAUCCGAGCUGGAAGAAAUCGAAUCGCGCAACGAAACCUAUCCUCUGACCCUCGGAAUGCUGGACCUACUCCAUACUCUAUGCGAUACGGCUAUUCCGCGAGGCCUCGGCGCAGGACCCCGUAAGCCCGGUUUGGAUCCUUACGUAACCUUCAUCGUUGAUUCCGUGUUUCUCCGGUUCUACAACCGCAACUACAAGAACCCUGCCGAAAAGUGGCAAAUCGCUGAAAAGUGUCUCCGUUUGCUGUACUCCUUCGUUCAACACUACACUCCUACUCCGAGCGACUUCCCUUCGCCGACUCAAAUCAGGGAGGAAAAUUCCCCACCAGGUUUCCACAUCCUGCUCCAGGUCAACACCAAAUCCGAUUUCCUGCGUCUUCUCCUGCACAUCAUCGACGAAUCGUGCACCCUCUUCGACGGGUACAAUACCUUCCCGGGACGUAAAAACCUCGAGGUCACAUGCCUGUAUGCCCUCCAGAUCAUCGAACGCGCCCUGGAAACCCAGGAGGACUUUUUCAACGCCCAUUUCUCCGCCAACUGCUCGAUCCUGCUGGCGGGGAUCAACAAGCUGCUCCUCGGAAUGAACGCCCGCAGUGGCAAGGCCGACCACAUGCUAAACGUCGUGCGCUUCGUAACGUACAGUUCCUGGCUGCCGGAGAACGCCUUGGUGUCGAUCCGCAUCCUAACGGCCAUCAUGCGCCAGCCAAACGUCAACCUGCAGAUUCUGGGCCUGCUGACGCAGAACGAUCGCAUCAAGAACGAAAUUCGCCAGGGAUUUGUCGAAUGCCUGGAAAGUGAAGCGGUUACAUUUGCCACCGGCACAGGUGGCGCUGGGGCAUCCUCCGUCGAUCCAUCUACCAGCGGCGACGAUCCCGAUCAGGACAUGGACGGAGAGGUUUUCUCACCCACUGACCCGGCGGCCGGUGUCAGCGUGGAACUGCAAAUCAAGGAAGCGAUCAUCGGGCUGCUGCAGGAGUGCCUGCCUCAGCAAAGUACGCCCAAUCUGGCGCAUUAUCUUCUGGGCUUUGAACUGAGCAAGGAGCUCCGGUUGACGAACUUGCAGCAGCCGGGAGUGAUGAACUUCCCGAGCAACUGCGCCAAGUCGCUGAUUACGCUACUGGACAAUGCACUGGAGGCAUCCAAAUUCGGCAAGCCGGCGUCCACAGCCUUGGACCGUCUGAACGAAAAUGCUUACGCCCUUCUGUACUCCUUGUGCUACAACAGCCGCACCUCGGAGGUCAUCCUACGCUUCCUGCGUUCGUGCAACGACUUCCUCUGCCGCCACAUCAACGGUCUGCCCUUUGGCAACGUCAAAAGUCCUCACGUCCUGAAUCAGAUGACCGGUCUGCUCAAGUGCGUUGCCAUCGAACUGAAGCUGACGUCGGACAAGAGUCAGGUGUCUCAGUUCGGCAACAUCUGCAAGAUCCUGCUCGGUGUGGUCCAGAAUCAACCGAGCGAAACGCUGCCGCUGGAACUGUCCCAUCACUACAGCACCGUCAAUUCCAGCAUGCUUAUGAGCUCCGUCACUGGAAUGGAACCGGGUUCCAUGGUUUCCCGGAAGGCACCUGAAUCGGCCAAAUUGUUGCUCUGCCAACUGCUGGAUUGCUUGAACUUUGAGAUCAAGUCGCUGGAUAAGCCCAAGUGGGACUACUUCGACAAUUCGUUGCUGCAGGGAUUGUUGCAGGAGUGUGAGAUUUCCGUGACCGGUUCGGCGCUGAAGUUGAUCGACAUUAAGAAGCUGCACGAUGUGUUGAAGGACGAACUGAACUCGGUUCAGACGACGAUCGCAGCCGGCCAGAGGUCGCACAUUCAGGCGGAGAUCGAGACGAUUUUGAUGUACGCACUUCAGCUGAACAGCCAGCGGAAUCUGUGUGCAUCGACGGUGAAGUUCCUGGAAGCCUGGGGACAGGCUACGGAGGUGCUGUUCAGCGUGACGCCCACCAUGUUCGUGUCGUUGGACGUCAAGCAGGGACUGUUGGUGGAAAUCGUGCAGGCGAUGCUGAGCAAGGUGGUUCCCAAUCAGGUCAUGCCCGAACUGGCGAAUUUGGCCUCGUCGACGAUCUUGCUGCUGAUGGUCAACUUGAGGCAUUGCUAUUCGUUGAAAAAUGGAGAUGGUGGGAUGUCUGCGACCAUGAACGAUACUUCGCUGGUGACGUCGUUUGGGGGGAGUUUUUCCCAGAAUGGAGUCGGACAAGGGGUGGGACGGUUUUCACCGAAGGCGAAUACUCUGAGCUUGAGGUAUAUCCUGCACAACAUUUUGGAGUGGAUUCUGAUCAGCGGAGUGGGAUCGCAGAAGUUGAGGAUUAAUUUGUACGCGGCGUUGUUGAACUAUAUGCACAUCGUGAAGGGAAAUCGCGACAAGAGCGAGCAGAAUUUGGAAACAGUUCGGGACGAGUUCUUCGUUUCCCGGCUGGAUAAGAGUUUAAUGGCCGGAAGGACGCACGAAGCCGGUGGAGACGAAUCGCAUGCCCAGAUCGAGAUGGUGGUGGAAAUCGUCCAGUCUUUCGGGGACAAGUUGAUCGAUAUUCUCUGUCACGAUUGUACCGGAGGGCUGGAUAUCUGCAAAAUGUUGGCUCUGUCCUGUGUCGACAUGCUCCUGGAUAUGGACUCGAUGGCCAACGUGAUUCAGUUCAUAUCGAAACGAGGCUACCUAUCUCAUUUGAUCGAUAGCCUUUUGAAAAACGACGGCAAGCUGUGCCGAAUCCUGGACAAUCAACCGGAAAACAUGAAGGCAUUGUACGUGUACGAAUCGAAAAUGGCCAUGUUGAGUCGCAUCGGCGGCUCCCACAUUGGAGCCGAACUGCUCCUGGAAGAGAAAGCCCUCAGUGUCCUAGCGGGAAUGAAGGUCUUUGACCUUCAUCCGGAUUUCCAAGUACAGAACUAUUCCCCGCUGUAUCCCACAUCGUCCAACUUUAUCCCUCCGAUCGAGGCUCGGUAUCAGCAGAUCUUGUUCCCGGCCCUGAACCUCUGCGAUGUGAUCCUGUCGACCCUGGGCCAGGAAAACCACUCUGCCGUCACCCAGGUAAUCAAUUUUUUGCUCUCCCACGGGGACAUGAUCGAAAUAGUGCUCCGCGCCGGAACUCCAUUCUUGAACAUUGGACUUCUUCGGGAACUGGCUGGCAUCACCGGACUUAUCGCUCGAGCUGCCAAUCAGGAAAUAUCCAGCCUGAUCACUCCGAAUGCGAACCAGGACCUCGGAGCUCACCUGUACCGUCUGCAGAAGCUCAUGCUGACGCUCUUCCCACGGUUCACACUCUCCGAGCAAACCAUGAAAGAACUGAACCAGAACGUCCUCACCAACUGCAGCGAACGGGAAAAGACCGCCCAUCUGAAGUACUUCCUGCAGAUCGCAGCCAAUCUGGCACUGUACGCCCGGAACAGCAUCUCCAACCAUUCGGUGGACCAUCGGACGAUCAAUGUGCUCUUCUCGCCCCAAAUCAGCGAGAGCGUUCACCAUCGCCAGGUCACCGGAGCAGCGCUGGAAACGAGCCACAGUUUGAACAUUGUUGUCGUUCAACUUAAGAACUCGGUCGAGUACUACAACCGAGAGAAGCUGGCCUACGAGAGUAUGGUUCGGCAGAGGAAUUCCCUUCCCAGUCUCAGCUUGGAUGCCAACGCGCAAAUCAUACACAGUAGCCUCACGGAACGGAUAGGCGGCAAGCAGGAGGAACUGAAGCGGUGCGUCUUCAUAACCGAACACUGCCUGUACCUUCUGUGGGCCCACCUGGACUUCUUCAUGCUGCGUGCUAUUCCCGUCAAUACGUUGCACUUCAAUCUCGUUGCCUACGGAGCGGACAACUACCUCUCGUCCCAGACGGAAGUCGGUUGGAAGAUUACGGCCGAGGAUGUGGCCGCCCUGAAGAAGACGCUCAUUGCGAUAUUCAACGAAACGUUCUGCAAGCAGCUGCUGGCCACGGGACAGGACCACACCCGCGCAUCGGACAAGGGCUUCAUCGAGGCGCUGCUCAGGCGAAUCAAGCGGCUAAUCCAGUUCGUUCCGGUCAAGUAAAAGACACACAUCUGGAUUGAGUAGCUUAUUAGACCUAUCUUUGUUUCCUUUAAUGCUAAUUAUUCGUUUGAAAAUUGCCGAAAAACCACAUUGCUCCUAUUAUACUAGGCUAUAACUACACACUAAUGCUGUAAUUAUCAUUGACCGAUUAUAGUGUUUCGUAA